AUGGACGACCAUCGUUACCACGACGGAUGCAUCCGCAAUAUCGUUAAAGAAAUUAUGCGAGAAUGUAACGCCAAAAAAAUCCAUGUUAACAAAAAUUUCGUACUAUUUUUGACUCAAAUGUUGCUUCUGGAUCCGAACUGGGGAAUCGACGAAAACUUUUUCCAGCAAAGAGAAAACGUACAGUGUUUCGUCAAAUACGUGAUAGAGAAAAUUAUUUGCAAACAGGACUCCGUAAAAGUGGUGACUUUGAGAAUGCAGUUUUAUUUUACAUGCAGCAUUCAAAAUCUGCAGUACAUCAUUGAUAUAACCAGAAUGGACAUUAAAAAUCGUUUAAAGGUAUUACAUGAUGAUAUUUUAGCACAUGAUAAAGUGGACAACAGGCAAAAUAUUGACACACUUUAUAAGAAGAUUAUUUAUUACAUAUGUUUUUUAUCUGGAUUAGGUAAUCCAGAAGUUUUCAGAGUCUUCGAGGAAGUAAGGGUUGCAUUAAAAAGCAUAAUAAGUGAUGAAGAUCUAAAAGACUUUGCGAACAAAUCAAAAAAUGAGAAAUGUAUUCAGUUGGAAUAUUUUAUGAAAAUUGUAAGCGGCAUCAGAUUAUUUAACAAAUACUGCGAUAAGGGAGGCCAAGGAAUUACCAAUUUACCUUAUUUAGUAGCACAAUCUUUGGAUGUUUUAAAAGAAAAAUCUGAAGAUUCAAUUUCGUUUAUUGCGAAAAAAGUUAAUUUGCUAGUUAUCGCAGUUAAAAAAAGCUAUUCAUUUCAAUCGAGCUACAGGAGUUAUAAAAUGUGCUUGCAAAAUACACUUCGAUUUAAUGAAUCAUUGAGACUACCUGAUAUUCAUUAUAUGCAAAAUCUUUUGGUUUUCUUCAAACAAUAUGAAAUGCUAGUUAAACGCAUCGAGGUACAUUUAGAUGUAAUAUUCAACAGAUGUGAUUCAACUUUAAAUGAAAUAGAAGAUUUAAUGAAAACCAUUUAUGAUACAGUCUAUAUGAAAAUCGGUGUCCUUGCAGAAAUAGUAUUUCCAUUGUUUGAGAAGCUAUGGUUGUUCUGGGAAAAAUUUCAAAAUGAAACUUUUGUCAUAGCUAGGCUCAACGAAAUCAUGAUAGAGUUAUUCGCUUUUUCAAAACUAACAGGUUUCCAUAAAUUUGAUAUAACGGUUACACCAACACAUGAAUCGGCAUUAAGCAUUGACAAUGUUUCUGUAAACAUAAUAUCAUUUAAUCCUGAAAUAAAAGUCAUCAGAAACUGUAUAAGCCAAUAUAAAUUGCAGUACCUGGGGUUUUGUUGCUGGAUGCUAGUAGAGACUGAUGGCGGCCUAAUACCAGGAAAUACCAAAAUGGGUAUAGUGAAAUAUCAUGGCAGAUAUUAUGCAUUUUCUUGCUAUGAAGCCUAUUAUAUGUUCUACAAAAAUCCGUCCAUGUAUGUAAAUGGUGUUCUUGAACUCGGCAGAAGGCAUCCAGAACUUAUCAAUUUAUUUCACCUACAACAAGAUUUACAAAAAUGUUCCAACACUAAAAAACUUAUGAAAGCUAAAUUGGAAAUCAAAAAUCGCGAAGACAAACAAAUUGAAACAGAGGACAGUCAGGAAUCUUAUAUCGAUCCCAACUAUAAAUGGAACGUUUGGGACUUAAAAAGGGAAGUAUUAAUCCAGACGAAUUUGUUACGUUGUAAAACCCUUUCCACCCAAACUAUUAAGACAAAUAGCCAAAAUAACAUUAGAACACAAACUUAUAACACUGAAAAAGCGGUGGCUUGCCAAACACCUCAGGACAUUACCACUCAAGUACCAAAACCGUCAGUAUUUUUACAUGGUUUAAGAAGCAGAAAGGAUGACAAACAAUGGAAAAUAGAUUUAACGUUGUUUGAAGAUGAUAAGGAAUGUCUGAGUUAA